AUGAAAAUUUAUUUUCUUGUAUUUAUAUGCAUAUGUAUGCACACGGCACUGUCUGCGAUGGAUGAUAGUGAGAUUACAUCAUAUCAAAGUUUUUGUGAUCCAUUAAAAAACAAUGGUGAAUGUUCGAAUAAUAUUGAUUGUCGAUGCCUAACGGUAGUAUCAACAGGAGACCAAAUUUGUACACCUCAUGUAGAAUGUUCUCGUGCAACACCUUGUAAUUCAACUGACAAAUGUGAUCAAAAUGAUUCAAUAUGUGUCAAAGAUAAUCAAUGCAAUGGUCAACAUUUCUGUUAUCCAGCUGCGUGGACUAGUCCAGAUAUAUGUCCACCACUCGCGACAAAUGAAAACAUAAAUAAUGGAGAAUGA